CAUAAAAAGCUAGCCAGAUCAAGUCAUAAUGACACAUUUCCAACCUUACUUCAGAUUCUGUGAAAGGAUGACUCUGCUAGGAUAUAACCAGCAUGCCUUUCUGGUUUUCUGCAGGUUGAGACACGGCAAUUCUAAAGACAUGCAUCGGAGGCACGCCACCCUUCGGGAGAAGGGCCGGCGCCAGGCCAUCCGGGGCCCUGCCUACAUGUUCAACGAGAAGGGCACCAGCCUCACCGCAGAGGAGGAGCAUUUCCUCGAUUCUGCAGAAUAUGGCAACAUUCCUGUUGUGCGAAAAAUGCUGGAGGAAUCCAAAACCUUGAACUUCAAUUGCGUCGAUUACAUGGGACAAAACGCCCUCCAGCUGGCCGUAGGCAAUGAGCACCUGGAAGUGACAGAGCUGCUCCUCAAGAAGGAGAAUCUCGCCCGAGUCGGGGACGCGCUGCUGUUGGCCAUCAGCAAAGGCUACGUGCGCAUCGUGGAAGCAAUACUGAACCACCCCGCCUUCGCACAAGGCCAGCGCCUCACGCUCAGCCCUCUCGAGCAGGAGCUGAGGGAUGAUGACUUUUACGCGUACGAUGAAGAUGGAACUCGGUUCUCCCAUGACAUUACCCCCAUCAUACUUGCUGCCCACUGCCAGGAGUAUGAAAUUGUUCACAUCUUACUUCUAAAAGGUGCGCGGAUUGAAAGGCCACAUGACUAUUUUUGCAAGUGCAAUGAAUGUAUGGAAAAGCAGAGGAAAGACUCCUUUAGUCACUCUCGCUCAAGAAUGAAUGCCUACAAAGGAUUAGCCAGUGCUGCUUAUUUGUCUCUGUCCAGUGAAGACCCUGUCCUUACUGCUCUAGAGCUUAGCAAUGAACUGGCCAGGCUAGCCAACAUUGAAACUGAAUUUAAGAACGACUACAGGAAGUUAUCUAUGCAAUGCAAGGACUUUGUUGUGGGAGUGUUGGACCUGUGCAGAGACACUGAAGAAGUGGAGGCUAUUCUGAAUGGAGAUGUGAACAUCCAGCUGUGCCCUGAGCACCACCGGCCAAGUUUGAGCAGGAUUAAACUUGCUAUUAAAUACGAGGUCAAAAAGUUCGUUGCUCACCCCAACUGCCAGCAGCAAUUGCUCACCAUGUGGUACGAAAACCUCUCAGGCUUACGGCAGCAAUCCAUAGCUGUGAAGUUCUUGGCUGUUUUUGGGGUCUCCAUCGGGCUGCCCUUCCUUGCCAUAGCCUACUGGAUUGCUCCCUGCAGCAAGCUGGGACGUACCCUUCGAAGUCCUUUCAUGAAGUUUGUGGCUCAUGCAGUUUCCUUCACAAUUUUCCUUGGACUGUUAGUAGUGAACGCCUCAGAUCGGUUUGAAGGAGUCAAAAAUCUCCCCAAUGAGACCAUCACGGAUCAUCCAAAACAAAUAUUCAGAGUCAAAACAACCCAGUUCUCAUGGACAGAAUUGCUGAUCAUGAAGUGGGUAUUGGGUAUGAUAUGGUCAGAGUGCAAGGAGAUCUGGGAAGAGGGCCCACGUGAAUAUGUGGUGCAUCUCUGGAACCUGCUGGACUUUGGGAUGCUGUCCAUCUUCGUGGCAUCAUUCACUGCCAGGUUCAUGGCUUUUCUUAAAGCAUCUGAGGCACAGCAGUACGUAGAUCAGUACGUUCAAGAUGAUGACCUCAAUAAUGUCACCCUUCCCCCUGAAGUUGCUUACUUCACCUAUGCCAGGAACAAGUGGCUCCCCUCGGAUCCCCAGAUCAUUUCAGAAGGCCUGUAUGCCAUAGCUGUGGUACUCAGCUUCUCCCGCAUUGCUUACAUUCUUCCAGCCAACGAAAGCUUCGGCCCCCUGCAGAUCUCUCUGGGGAGGACCGUGAAGGACAUCUUCAAGUUCAUGGUCAUCUUCAUCAUGGUGUUCCUAGCCUUCAUGAUUGGGAUGUUCAACCUUUACUCUUACUACCUUGGUGCAAAGUACAACCCCGCGUUUACAACGGUAGAAGAAAGUUUUAAAACCUUAUUCUGGUCAAUAUUUGGCUUAUCUGAAGUGAUCUCUGUGGUGCUGAAGUACGACCAUAAAUUCAUUGAGAAUAUUGGAUAUGUACUCUAUGGAGUAUAUAACGUCACUAUGGUGGUUGUGCUGCUUAAUAUGCUAAUAGCCAUGAUUAACAACUCCUAUCAGGAAAUUGAGGAGGAUGCAGAUGUGGAGUGGAAGUUUGCACGUGCCAAGCUCUGGCUAUCCUACUUUGAUGAAGGAAGGACUUUACCUGCUCCUUUUAAUCUAGUGCCAAGCCCUAAAUCAUUUUAUUAUCUCAUACUGAGAAUAAAAAUGUGCCUCAUAAAACUCUGCAAAUCUAAGGCCAAAAACUGUGAAAAUGACCUUGAGAUGGGGAUGCUGAAUUCCAAAAAACGGAAAGUUCGCUUUCACUCCAGCAUUCAAAACACAGAGAGUUUUUCUGGGAAGAACGCUUACACCAAGCCCACAAGAUACCAGAAGAUAAUGAAGCGCCUGAUUAAGCGCUAUGUGCUGAAGGCUCAGGUUGACCGGGAAAAUGAUGAGGUCAAUGAAGGAGAACUUAAAGAAAUCAAACAAGAUAUUUCCAGUCUCCGCUAUGAACUCUUAGAGGAAAAGUCACAAGCUACUGGUGAGCUGGCAAAACUAAUACAGCAGCUGAGUGACAAGUUUGGGAAGACCUUAAAUAAGGACAUUUGAUGGUGAAUACAGAGAAAGACAACUUGUUUUCUAAACAUUGUUCAUUCUCAACCAGCAUCUUAGAGGGCAAAAAACAUGUGAAAGAUGGGCACUGUACACUCAGCUUCUGCUGACAAGCAAGUGUUAGUAGGAGCACUUUCUGUUUCUCCUGCACUUGGUGAGUGACCAGUCAAAUCUUUUCUGAUACAAAAGUGACUUAAUGGUAAAAAUUGAUGCCCCUUGACAUCAGAAACAGAUGCACCAUAGAGAAGGCACCUCCAAUUAAGGGCAAAAAAAGGCCAGAUCUUCAUUCACCUGACUCCAGAGAAGACAAUGGAACUGUGCUCAUUAACACCAACAGAGGCUGUACUGAUAAGAAAUGGGUGAAGCCUGAAGAAAAAAUGUGCCAAGCAUAUUCCCUGCAAAAUUUUUUAAAUUCCUAUUCUUGGGUGUGUACUCUCCUUUUUCGUUUACAUUGGCAGCCCUGGAUAUAACUUUGAUCAGCAUUAUGGCUAAUAAAAACAUAAUGAGAAAUCAUCUGUUGAAGUGACCAAGGCAGUGAACAAGAAGUAGACACUGACAGCAUUGGAAAAAUGAAAUCAAGCUUGUGGGGUAAAUUAUCCUUUAACCUGAUGAAAGGAUUGCCAGCCAAACACUCCUGUCCACCUUUUCCAGCUGUAUUAGCUAGUCUGCUGAUGGAUAUGGUCUCUUUGUAUGCACUUAGCCUCUCUUUUAUCUUUAGUCGAUCCCAUCUCUGACAACAGUGUACUGAAAUACUCGUAAUGAUGUGAAACUCACUUCCCAGGAAUACCCAGAGAUAAAAUACCUUGUGCUAAUGUAUUCAGUUCAAAGAAAAACAUUAAUCCAGAGACAGCGAUGCAACUGAGCUCAGCUUUCAGAUUCCAGAGGUCAAACUGCAAGCCAUAGAGAGAGAUCAAUAACAAAGAACAUUGCCCAGUAGUUUCCAGCCUUGAAAUUUGUACAGAAAGGUUUCAAUAGAACAAUCUGACCAAAAAA